AACAGAUCGGUUUGUCGGUGAGACCAGCUGCUAAAAACAAGCCGAAAAAGAGGAUAAUAUCUGUUUUUAUCGACCACGGAGGGAAACUUUCGUCGAUAAUCCUUCCAUCGGAGGGAAAUGUUUCAGUAGGAGUUAUUCUGACACAUCAACAAAAUGUCGGGGAACAACUUGGUUCUACCCAUAGUGCUCUGGGGCCGCACGGCUCCCACCCACUGCAUCAGCAGCCUGCUGGUGAUGGACGACUUCAGCACCAUCAUCACCGGCUGCCACGACGGACAGAUCUGUCUCUGGGACAUGACGCCUGAGCUGGAGAUUUGUCCGCGGGCCAUGUUGUUUGGUCACACGGCCUCCAUCACCUGUCUGUCUAAAGCCAGCGCGUGCAGCGACAAACAGUACAUCGUCAGCGCAUCAGAGAGCGGAGAGAUGUGUUUAUGGGACGUAAACGAUGGACGCUGCAUUGAAUUCACCAAGCUGGCCUGUGCUCACACUGGCAUACAGUUCUACCAGUUCACCAUCGGCACCGAGAGGGAGGGACGCCUGCUUUGCAAUGGCCACUACCCAGAAAUCCUUGUGGUUGACGCCACCAGCCUUGAGGUCCUGUACUCGCUGGUGUCCAAAAUCUCUCCUGACUGGAUCAGCUCCAUGAGCAUCAUCCGGUCCCACCGGACACAAGAGGACACCGUGGUGGCCGUGUCAGUGACCGGGAUUUUAAAGGUCUGGAUCAUCACAGCUGAGGUCAGCAAGAUGCAGGACCUGGAUCCAGUGUUUGAAGAAGAGUCCAAGCCCAUCUACUGUCAGGGCUGUCAGAGUAUUUCCUUCUGCACCUUCACUCAGAGCAGCCUGCUGGUCGUCUGCUCCAAAUACUGGAGGGUGUUUGACGCCGGCGACUACUCGUUGCUCUGCUCGGUGCCCAGCGACAACGACCAGGCGUGGACCGGAGGAGAGUUCAUCGCCGCAGACAAAGUCAUCAUCUGGACCGAAGACGGCUGCAGUUACAUCUACAAGCUGCCUGCCAGCUGUCUGUCUGCCAGUGAACAUUUCCGUAGCGAUGUUGGGAAAACCAAAGAAGGCUCGAUCCCUCCGCUGGUCUACAGCAUCGCCGACCGCUCAGACAAACAGCUCCUGAUCUGUCCUCCUGUGACUCACUUCUUUUUCGGCCGACGGGAGCCCUUCCAUAAGCUGCUGAUCCAGGGAGACUCAGCGGGCAGACUGUCCCUGUGGAGCAUCCCGGACACCUCGCCUCUGCAGCCGCUGUCGACCGCUGCAGAGCUGCAGGUGUCGUCCACCAUCAGUCUCCAGGAGGCGUUUGAUAAGUUGACCCCCGUGUCUGCAGGGAUCAUCGACCAGCUCAGCACUCUGCCUGGAAAAGACGGACCCAUCAAGGUGACCGCCAGCGUGUACAUCCCGUCUCAGGGUCGCCUGGUGUGCGGGAGAGAAGACGGCAGCAUCAUCCUGGUUCCUGCAACUCAGACCGCCAUCGUCCAGCUGCUGCAGGGCGAACACAUGCUCAGGAGAGGCUGGCCGCCCCAUCGCACCCUGCGAGGUCACCGGAACAAGGUGACAUGCGUCCUGUAUCCGUACCAGAUCUCGCCCCGCUACGACCAGCGCUCGCUGGUGUCCGGAGGAGUGGACUUCUCCGUCAUCGUCUGGGACAUUUUCACCGGAGAGAUGAAGCACAUUUUCUGUGUCCACGGAGGAGAGAUCACCCAGCUCAUCGUGCCGCCGGAAAACUGCAGCACUCGGGUGCAGCACUGCGUCUGCUCGGUGGCCAGCGACCACUCUGUCGGCCUGCUCAGCCCGGAGAGGAAGUGCAUCAUGCUGGCGUCACGACACCUCUUCCCCAUCCAGGUCAUCAAGUGGCGUCCGGCAGACGACUACCUGGUGGUGGGAUGCUCGGACGGCUCCGUCUACGUCUGGCAGAUGGACACGGGGGCCUUGGACCGUUGUGUGAUGGGCAUAACGGCGGUGGAGAUCCUGAACGCCUGUGACGAGCUGGCUCCGGCCACCGUGGACGCUCUGAGCCACUCGGCUGUGAACCUGAAGCAGGCGAUGACUCGCCGCAGCCUGGCGGCCCUGAAGAACAUGGCUCAGCACAAACUGCAGACGCUCGCCACCAACCUGCUGGCUGCAGACAACGCCGAUAAGGGCAACCUGCCAAAAUACUCCCAUAAUGCCCUGGUGGUCCAAGCGAUGAAGACCAACCUGACGGACCCCGACAUGCACGUGCUGUUCUUCGACGUGGAGGCGGUGAUCAUCCAGCUGCUGACGGAGGAAGCCCAGAGACCGAACCCCAUGCUGGUGUCUCCGGAGACGCUGCAGAAGAGCCAGGCGGGCGCCGACAAGGGCGGGUCCUUCCUCGCCAACAAGAUCUUCAAACAGGUGAAGGAGACGAUGAAGGAGACCAUCAAGGAGCACCUGUUGGAUGAAGAUGAAGAGGAGGAGGAGGAGAUGAGGAGGCGGGAGGAGAAGUCCAAGUCUCUGAGUCUGCUGGAGUACAAUCUGACGAUGGACACGGCCAAACUCUUCAUGUCCUGCUUGCACGCCUGGGGUCUCAACGAGCAGCUGGACGGCAUCUGUCUGGAGCGACUGGGCAUGCUCAGACCGCACUGUCCCAUCUCCUUCGGCCUGAUCUCCAGAGGAGGUCACAUGUCCCUCAUGCUGCCCACAUUUAAGGAGUCCUUGCUGCGGCAGUUGUCCCUGGCGACGGGUCUGAAGCUGACUCUGACCGACAUCGUGGGGAAGGGGACGUACGGCGUGUCGAGGGCCGUCACCACACAGCACCUGCUGUCUGUCAUCUCACUGGCCAACACUCUGAUGGGAAUGACCAACGCCACCUUCGUCGGAGAGCACAUGAAGAAAGCGCCAGUCAGGUAA